UUACAUAUGUUUUUUUCCUGCCCGGGUUGAAUUUAAAGUGGAGCGGCCGCAUUGUUCGAGAGGCUCCUUGCCCCUACGCAUUGACCGGACCUGCUGUUUACACGGGCUUUUCAUUCCUGCGCUGUUUGCUUAUGGAAAAUAAGGGGGAGUGACAGAAAAAGAGAAAGGGAGAAGGGAGGAGAGGGUGGCCCGGAGCGCAGCACAGCCCAGGAGCCCUGGUGCUGCCGGAUCGCUGUCCCGCCGGCGGAGGCGGCUGGCCCUGGCUCCCGGCCGGGCCCUGGCAUGUGAGCGGCGGCUGCGGGCGCUGCCGGCCCCUCGCACCCGCGGGCGGCUCUGCGUGCAUUUCCUCGCCGGCGCACACACACACACAUCCUCAGAGCACGCCUCGCCUGGACUGCAGACAUGAGGCUCCAGCUGCUGCUUUGGAUCGUGGCUGUGCUCCUGGCGAGCCUCCUCCCAGCCUCCGGACAGCGGCCAGCCAACCUGGCGCUGCGCAGGAAGCUCCACCGGCACGGCUGCUCCCACCGGCGCUGCAUGCCGCUCCACUCCAGGGUGCCCUUCCCCUGAGCCCCGGCCAGCAACUUCAUACUGGACUUUUCAGUGUUUUAAAGGAGCGACAGUUAAACAAAUAAGAGAAGUUUGUCAAAAGUCCAGAUCAAAAACAGGUGAUUUGACAGCCACCACAGUGCCAUCUUCAGCAGUCCUGUCUGUCACAUUCUGCUGGACCUGGAGCUGCCCUCUGUCUCACACCCUAAGAAGUGGUGGCAGGGGAAGCGGUGGUGGUGAUGGGGGACAUACAUGAACUUACCUGGUAGUAUCAUUCCCUGCAAAUUAUUUGGCUCUCACAGUGAGCAGUGAAAGUUAAAGAUCAAAUCAAACAUCAGGUAGAUUUUGAUCUGAGGUAGAUUUCCAGUGGCAGUAAGAAGGAAGGGUCUGUCCAAGGCCACUCUUGAUGAUAUAUAAUAUUCAAACUGAGAGAAAUUGGAAGUGCUGUUGACUAUUCAUUUCAGGCUGUGUUUAGGAUGAAAUAGCAUCUGACUCCAGUAUGGAAUUGUAAAAGUCCAUUUUUUGUUUAUACUUUUAUAUAUUAAUAAUAUAUACAUAUAUGUUUUAACAUCUAACAUUACAUUUUUAUGGAAUUACCUUAAUAAUAACAUAGAAUGCAUUACUAUAAUAGCACCAAAGCCAGCACCACACUAGUGGUCCCACUAGCUUCACGUAUAGUAAGCAUAGUAAGAGUUUACAAUAUAAGAAAGCAAAGAGUGUUAUCCCUCAUUCUAUAGAUAGAGAAUUGAAGCACACAGAGAUAAGAGAUUAGCCAAGGGUCAUGCAAAACUGAUAACUCAGAUCUCUCAAGCCAGGCCUUAAGGUCAAGCCCAUCCUCCUGUCUAAUGAGCUGUUACUGCAAAGCCUAUCAUUUGUUUUCUUAAAGUGGGCUGCCAAACCAGACAGUUAAAAGAUGCUUGAAAAUUCAGUACUACAGAGCUAUUUGCUUAAUAGUAGUUUUCCUAAAAUACCCUCUACAGUAUUAUAAAUAGAGCAUAAAAAUAGACCAUUGAAAAGAAUCCUUUGUUUGGUCAGCCCCAGUGUUGCAUAGCACUCUAUUCCUGUAAUUUAAAUGAAUGGGAUAUUUGGAGGUAGCACUACAAUGAAUGAAGACUUCAAACAGAAAACAGGCUGUUCUUUUCAGCAAUGGAGGUCAAGAAUACAUUGAGCUUUUAGUCUGAGUUUUGCUCUUAAAAAUACAUGCUUCACAUCUGCCUUUUAUUUCAGCAGAAAUUACCUACUGACAUAUAAAGGAAAAUGUGGUGGCACUUUCAUUAGCAUAACUAAACCAACCUGAAAAUAAAACAUACUCAGAUUUUUAAGUCAUUGUACUAGACUUGAAAUGCCAACAUUUUUUACAAAAUAUAUAAGGAUGAUCAAAGAUCAAAAGUGUCAUGGUUUAAAUCUGGUAUUACUGUUUUUUAUUCUUACAACACAGUUUCUAAUAAUUGAAAGGACAGCAAUCAAAAAAACUGGAUAGCUGAAACUUUCUAAUCAGUGUGCAUAUGUAACCCCUUAUCUCUAAGAACUUGAAACUUUACUUGAAUUAAUACUGGCAGAGUUUAAUAGGAGUUACAAAUUUCUCUCCAUGAAAAAAACUUAAAAUAUAACUUUAGACUCAGUUUUGGAGUUGUGUAAAACCAUCAUCAAAGAUGGUCAAACUUAUCUAAAACAAUAAGCAGUCCUGCAGGUAAACCUUUGGGGUCUUGAAAAAAAAAAAAAAAAAAAAAAAAUUUCCCAAAGAGGCAUCCUACCACUUCUACAUAUUUUUAAAGUUAUUUAUUUAACUUGGCUUUGAUAUGUAUCCUUGGCUAUCUCUGUUUAGGUAAAGAGGUUCUUUACCUCUUUACUACAGGUAAAGAGUGUCAGAAAGCAAGAUAGGUGAAGAGUAGCUAUUAUGUCUUAUGAAUGAGUACAUGGAUCUAUUGUGGCACUGGGUCUUUUAUAUAAUCACAAUUAUUCAAUUAACUUUGAUAAAUGUAUCUAUGAAAAAGCUAUAAAUGCAUGUUCCUUCAGAGAGAGAAAAAUAAAAUAGCACCCUAGAAAGCCUGCUGUCAAGUUUACAAAAUAAUUCUAAAUAUCUGAUAUUUAAAGGCAUUCUGACACCAUCAAAUCUGCUUUAAAAAGGCAUUGAUUGUGAGCUUUGAUCUAUAAGUUUAUCAACUAGCUGGUUGACUGUAUAUUUUGUAAAAAGAUAGUAUGCAUUUAAAAUAGUAUCUUAUUUGAAAUAAAUUUUGUACACUCCUCAAAGUCUCUAUUCUUCAGCUGUCAAAGCAAUGCAUCUAAAGAAAAUUGAGAACUUGCCUGUUUUCCCUGUGGAUUCAUAGAAGAAUCAGUAUUUGAAAAUUUUUUUCUCAAUUUUUGACACAAAUAAAUGAUAGCUAAUAAUGGAAAAAU